CAUUACAUCUGUUACAGGCAGGUCUCUGUCGUCAUGGCUGCUUUGUUUUUGUCACUGUGGAUAGUUUCUGUGGCUGGAGAAGACCCAGAGUUGACAGUGAAGCCUGGGCAGGAUGUCACUCUUCAGUGUCAGGCUCCCGGAGGUGCUGAAAUCAAAAGGUUAACGUGGAGCAGACCUGACCUGGGCUCAGAUUAUGUCUUCUUCUUCAGAGAUGACCGCCCAUAUGAGAACUAUCAGAAUCCAGCAUUUCGUGGCCGAGUGAACCUGAUUGAUCCGGAGAUGAAGGACGGAGAUGUUUCUGUUGUUCUGAAGAAUGUCAGCGUCAGCGACACCGGGACGUACAAGUGUGUUGUAAUCAGUGGGACAAACGGCCCUGAACUCAUCAUCACCAACACCCUGAUUGUCAAAGACUCAGGUAACACAGAAGGACUCUCUGGGGUAGGAAGACAAACUGAUGGAGGAGACAAGAAUCGCGGAAGCAAGGAUUUGAGACUUUCAAGUGGUCUGGGCUUGUUGUUGUUGUUGUUGUUGUUGUCUUGUUGGUGGCUUAAUCCUUAAAAAAAGUACAAGUAAGUUGCUGUUGGAGGUGAGAGAUGCCCUGUAAUCAGACACAGAACCAUGGUGUUGAAUGUGGUUGGAAGCAUAUUUUAGUUUUGCGCCCCCCCCCCCCACACACACAAUCUACUACGUCACUGGCAUGGUAAGCUACUCGGUGGCUAACUAGCAGUAGCAGCCAGAGGUGGGUAGUAACGAGUUACA